CAUUUGUUGGAGAGGAAACGCGAAGAAAGAGCAGAGCCCGCCAUUUCCAAGAACAGAAGAAGAAGAAGAAGAAAAAAAAGCCCUAACCCUAAAACCCUACUUAGCUUUUGUCCUUUUCUCCUAUUCUUUCUAUAAAUGGGAACCCUAGGCGUAUUGAUGACGUUCCCUAUGCUGCCCUACCUUGAAGAAGAGCUCGCAAAGCGCUUCAACCUCUUCCGCCUCUGGCAAUCCCCAACCACCAAGCAAGAAUUCCUCCGACAGAACUCCCAUUCCAUCCGGGCCGUCGUCACCAGCUCUAGGGUCGGUGCGGGUUCCGACAUGAUUGAAGGCCUUCCUAAGCUGGAGAUCGUUUCGACUUUUAGUGUCGGAUUCGACAGUAUCGAUCUCCGCAAGUGCAGGGAGAGGGGGAUUAGGGUCACAAAUACUCCUGAUGUGCUGACGGAUGAUGUGGCCGACCUGGCGAUCGGGUUGAUUUUGUCCACAUUGAGGAGGAUCUGUGUGUUGGAUCGGUACGUGAGGAGUGGGUUCUGGAAGACCGGGCAUUCUGAAUUGGCUUCAAAGUUCUCUGGUAAAUCUGUUGGAAUUGUGGGUCUGGGCAGGAUUGGUUCAGCCAUUGCCAAGAGAGCCGAAGCAUUCAGCUGCCCCAUCAGCUACUUCUCAAGAUCAGAAAAACCAAACUCAAAAUACAAAUACUAUCCAAGCAUCAUUGAGUUGGCAGCUAACAGCCAGGUCCUUGUGAUUGCAUGCUCGUUAACAGAAGAAACCCGCCAUAUCGUCAACCGUGAGGUCAUCGAAGCAUUAGGACCUAAGGGUGUGCUUGUGAACAUUGGGCGGGGCCCGAUUGUGGAUGAGCCUGAGCUCGUAUCGGCUCUGCUUGAAGGCCGGUUGGGCGGGGCUGGGCUGGAUGUAUUUGACAACGAGCCCGAGCCGCCUAAGCAACUUUUUGGCCUCGACAAUGUGGUGCUCUUACCCCACAUUGGAAGCGAGACACAUGAGACCUGCAAAGUGAUGGCAGACCUUGUGAUUCGAAACUUGGAGGCUCACGUGCUGAAUAAGCCUCUCUUAACUCCAGUUGUUUGAGUCCUGGAGAGGUAUGCGGAGGUGGGUUGGAAUCAUGACCACCUCAUUUGGUCCUGAGUCAAUUAGAUACUUGGACGUGUUGGAGGGCCCAUGGUUCAGAUAUACAUGGAUGGACCAUGUUUCGUAAAUCUUUUUAAUUGGACCAUCCUAGUUCUUAUUAUUAUUAAUAAAAGGUUACUAUCCAUCCUAGUUUUUUGAGUUGCAAAAACUGAAAAAUCCAAGGAUGCUAGGCACAUCCUCACGCACACGAUCAUGUAAUGUGAACUUUGUUGGGGCUUUGGACCAUCGUUGAUCAUGGGCCGAGAUGUUCAUAUCUGAACUGUGAAGGAUUCACUCACUAGAGAAUUGUCAAUCUUUCCUGUUUAAUGAAAUGACCUUUAUUUUUUUGGUGAAGCAACCAAAAUGUCCAUGGCCUCUCAUUUCCAUGCAUCUGAUUUCAGUUGUAGAGGGUGUCUUUGGAUGCCCUAUCAAAUUGGAUUGUGAUUAUUGGCCUAUGAAGUUGAAAUAACAAAAACAUAAUUUCUGUAGCA